CAGUGUAUACAGUCAUCAGUGCGAUGUAUGCGGCAGUGUAGUACAGUGUAUGUGCGCGAUGUAGACAGUGUAGUGUCAGCGGAAUGCUGCCAUAACAUGUGCAUAAGCAAACCAGCAGUGCUGCUGCUACUUCACCUGCUGCUGAUCCAACAAUGGAUAACUGCGGCGGACAGAUCUAACGAUAAUCACACAAGCAAAGAUGUAAGAUCUCGACGCAAUGACACCGAAGAGCGACCCUUCGGAAGACGAUGGACGACCUCCCGCAACAGCCCUUACCAGAAGAUCGUCUCCAGCUACGAGACAGAGCCUGCAGCGAGGGUAGAGGUGGAGGGGGAGGAGGCCAAGGCGAAGAAUCACAAGAGAAAACAGUGGAGGACGAGUGCGACGGCGCAUGACCAGAUAACAUCGGAGACGUCCUCAGCUGUAGAGAGCGAGCACGAGGAUGAUAGGGGCAAUGUCCAGGAGGAGGGUCAGCCUGCGCAGAGAACUCUGAGAAGGAGAUCCACAACUAGUCACCCUCCGGAAAUGACGUCAGAGUCACCUAACAUCACCACAAUCAACCCAAAGAAGAGGAGAAGACCGUCUUCCACUUCAACAACGACCACUCUUGCUCCUCAGACGAUGUCGGACUCUCUAUAUCAGUAUUUCAGACCUUUAGAACAGGACGUUCCUCAGGACGAUAUCAUUCCGUUUCUAGACUUCGGUAGAAAACUGUCUCCGGUCAUCCCGACACCGAGUGGAGCGAAUUCUAUUGAGAGUAAAACCAUUGUGACAAAGUUGAGGCCGAGGGAACAUAUUGAUGAAAAAGAAAGCAAUUCUUCUGACGAAGAGGUUCUGCAAGAAGACAUGGAUCUUACUGUGGUAAAAAAGGCAAUAGAGAGAAACUCUGUCCCCAGAGGGAAACUUCGGGUGCAGACGUCAGGUAUUUCAGAUUUUUAUAGGAAAAGGGUGCCGACUCAACUACGGACAACGGAAAAUCUCAUAAGUACAUCUGACUCUUCCACAGCAUCAAGUGUGUCUGGAGGGAAAAGUGUAGGAGUGUUGAAAAAAGGCCAUCGUCACCAUGUUCACAACACAGAAGGGACCAGAAGUGAAGAUAAGUUUCCUCUCAAGCAGGCAGCUGAUUUAGAAAUAGUAGGUACACCUAAGGACGUAGAAGUAUUUGUGGAGAAAAGAAAACACCUAAGUUCAAGACCGAUUCAGCGAUCUUCAGCUUUAAAACAAGAAACUCACACAUCGCCUUUGACAGCAGAAUCAACUCUUGUAAAAACGGUCAUAAAGGAGGUACCUGAAGAAGUAAGUGGUGAGUCAGAAGCGUCUGAAAACGUUACAACUUCUGUGCCAAAUGGUUCAAGAUUAAACGCCCCUAAUAAUACUCGGAAUCAAAAUCCCUCAUCUACUACAAAAAUGGAAAUAUCUAGCAUAACAAACAGUCCAAUAACAAAAACAUCAAGAAAUAGCAACAUGCAAGAAAGUGUGAAUCCAAAGAUUUUAUCUACCGCUGUAGUCACUUCUGUGUCAGUUCAGGAGCCUUUAACAGAUCUAAAACAUGAAAAUACCACUGAACUACCAAGUUCUAGUUCUUUAAAUGGUACUAAAGAUGACCGUAUAGUCUCUGAAUUACCAAUUGACAACAAUCCUCCUACAAUAAAAGACACAGAAAUGCGAAGCUACAUAUCGACUAAGAACUCAUCAAAUGUUCCAGUGAAUACCCCAGAUCCAAAGGUACUAUCUCAGAAAAAUACUACAGUACCAGUAAUAUCCAGAGACAUAUAUAAACAGCGCAGCCCUUCUCGAAUUCUCAUUCACUUACCUCGUCAACUUGCUCGCGUCAACUCAACUCAGAACAAAACCUUAAUAUCAAACCAGACUAUUUCAGACUUAGCAAUUAUGCCAACAAAAAAUAAUAGCAAUGGCAGUCCAAUACCUGAUGGAAGAAAUGAAACUAUACAAACAGAAGUGCUGACAACUCCAUCAACAAUAUCUCCAACAACAAAUGAACAAAGUUUUCUAUCAAACGAAAGCCUUAGUACAGAGCCUCCCAAAUUGUCACCUACUUUAAUUAGUUCUCAGCCAACAUUAAAACUCGAACCCUCUCAAAAUAGUACGAAACCCCCUAACUUUAAGCCUAUUUCGAUCGCUGUAACAACGGAAACCUCCAAAGAAGAUGUGAGACCAAACGCAGAUCCUACCAAAGACAGAAAGGUCACUGAACAUUCUCCACCUGAAAGUGACCUCGACGAAGAUAAGUCCGACAAAAGUCAAGACGCUUUUCCAGUAAACCCCGAGCCUGCGUCUUCUAGUGAGGCUCCCGCGGAAACUGAAAGCUACGAUGUCGUCUACCCUGCAGAAGAUGGUGAAGACCAGUUCCCAAUAUUGUUCACGACCCCACCUCCUGUGGUGGACACUAGGCCUGAGCCGGAGUACGCGGUCGUGGAGGAACAGAAGAACUCUUCGACCUCUCGACCUCCGGAGGUAACCCACUGGGUGAAGACUGGAGAGGUAAACAAGGAGGUGGAGGUGGUGUACCCAGACUCCAUGGGUCUAGGAACAUACCUUCUCGCAGCUCUGGGAGUUCUUCCUGUCAUCCUGGGAGCUCUGAUUGGGGCAAGAUUCAUACUGGCUCACAAUAGGAAAAAGGUACUGGAUGAAUCGGAAUAUUCGUCGGAGUACAACAGAAGUCCGUUGAGUGGCAGCACCUCCUCGCCUCUUCCUACCAAACUACCUAGGAUACCCACACAUGUGAGCUGGUCUGAGCGAGAGCCAGAGAAGACUCCUCUUCCAGCAACUUCCCCACCGACUCCAGCAUCCCGAUGGGAGUUCCCCAGGGAGAAGCUGCGACUUCAGACACUCCUUGGUCAAGGAAACUUCGGACAGGUAUGGAAGGCAGAAGCUGACGACAUAUCUGGCCACGAGGGACUGACUCGUCUGGUAGCUGUGAAGACUGUGAAGGAGUCAGCCAAUGUGAGGGAGAGAGAAGAUUUACUGAGAGAGUUGGGUAUCAUGCAAGAGUUAGGAUCACACCCUAAUGUGGUCACACUGCUGGGCUGCUGUACGGAGAAAGAGCCCAUAUACCUAGUGAUGGAGUAUGUGAUGUACGGAAAGCUGUUGUCCUUCCUGAGAGAUCACCGGACCAGAGCUCACUAUUAUAACUUCUCAGACGCCACUGAUGCACUCACUUCACGAGACCUUACUGUGUUCGGGUACUGUGUGGCCCGAGGCAUGGACUAUCUAUCUAACAAGAGCAUCAUCCACAGAGAUAUGGCAGCUCGUAAUGUUCUUGUGGACCACAACAAGCUGUGUAAGAUUGCAGACUUUGGAAUGUCUCGGAAUGUGAGAGACACCGGCCAAAUAUAUGAACAAAGACAAAGCAAGGGAGCCCUUCCUAUCCGGUGGAUGGCCCCAGAGUCUCUCCACUUCAGUCUGUUUACUCACAAGACAGAUGUUUGGAGCUUCGGCAUCCUCAUGUGGGAAAUAGUCACUCUAGGUUCAACUCCGUAUGCCACUAUGGGGGCCAGGGAGGUGAUGAGGAGAGUGAGGGAUGGCUACAGACUAGACAGACCAUCACACUGCAGACCUGAGCUGUUCAGGGUUAUAUCCAGGUGCUGGCAUUCUGAGCCAUCCAAGAGGCCAACUUUUGCUGAGCUCAAAGUCGAACUUGGAGCUCUUCUCAGUGAUCCUGAGCUUCACGGGAGCUUUGUUGACUUGGACAGUUUUGCUGAUGAGAUGAGGCGAGAUACGCUUCAUAGGCACCACUGAAAACUAAGCUAACUCUUUAAGUUGUUUCCAUCUGAUGGUUUAUGAGUUAUUGUUGAGUGUAGUCUAAUUAUUUACAGGAACAAAAAAAUGUUUAUUAAAAAAAUUGUUUCUGGGAAACGUGUGCUGUAUAAAAAUGGGAUGCCCAGCUUUUACUUUUAAAACCGAUCACUAAUUAGCAAAUAAGCUUAAAUUACUCUAAAACAUUAUAGAAAUUAAAUAAUAAUAAUUAUUUUCCACUUUUAGUUCCACUAGACUUUGUGAUUAGAAUUUGUUCAAUGAAAUUCAUCCUAUUUCAUUCAUAUUAUUUAAAAAUAUUAAUACAAUCUAUUCGGUAAGUUUUCCAAAAACAAUGACACCAAUGAAUGAACACACAUAAAAGCUACAAAAUCUGUAAAAUAAUGUAGUUUUAAAAUAGUAGGUACAACAAACAAUGGAUUUAAUCACUUUCAUACAAUCCUUAAUUGAAAAUGUUAAAAAAAAGUACAGGAAUCAAUGUUAAUAAUCAUUUUCAGAUGGAAACUUCUAAUUAAACAACACUGUUCAUUAUCUUUUUGUACUGGAAGUUGUAUUCUGUUUGAGUUUAAACCUUUUCUUGUUCAAUUCUGUGUACGUUUAAAAUAUGUAAAAUUGCCAUCGUAAAAUCAUCAAUACCGGUAUGUCCUAUGAAAAACCUUUCUUUUUAAAAAUAUUACAGACUCAGUUUUAACACUGAAACAAGAUUUUACACCUUUAAAAAAUUUACAAGUAUUCUUUAUAUUUGAAAAUUGCCAUAAUAAUUUAUGAUCAAUGUGAAAGUCUAUGUUCAGAAAACUUGAUUGUAACCGUUUACACUAAAUGCAUCCGAAUAAUCAAUUCAUUAUUACAAUUUUAGCCAAACAGAUAAUGGACAGUUUUGUGUUAUGUACAGUAUUAUUAUUAUUUAAAUUAGUUUAUAUACUCAUUCAAACUUGUAAAAAUAUGUAUAUAAUGAAAGCCAUCUUAAUUUUAAUCACUGUUAGUUUAUUAGUGGUAAAUAUAGUUUUAUAUUUAUUCUUUUUCACUUUUGAUGUUAUUAAGUAUGUACAAAAUACUACUAUUCUGGUAAGAAAUACAAAUCAAAGUUCAUUUUUAUUUUUAAGAUAUUUUACAAAAUAUGACAAUAUAACCUUACACAAUAAAAAGGUGAGAAUAAUUAUUAUUCGGUUUUAAUUGAUUAAUGAAUCAAAUCAUUUUCAAAUAUACCCAUUUGUAAAAACUUAUGAAUCUAUAUGGGGAAAUACUCUUCUUCUAGUCUAUUUUAAUGUAUUAUUUUUACCAAAAAUUGUGUUAACGAUGUAUUUUUAAUAAGAUUGUUUGUGUAGCCAUUUCAUACAUUAACAGCUUUUGUACAUAAUACUAUUUCGGCCAGUUGUUUUGUGUUGAAAUAUAAAUG